UGUACCUUAGUCUACUUGCAUUGCUGUAUCUGUAUCUCAGCCCUGUUUUCUCCUCUCCUAGCCUACAAGGUGCUCUCCAACAAGGAGAAGAGGAGGCUGUAUGACAGCGUGGGCCAUGAUGCUUUCCUAAAUAAUGACGCCUCUGUUGACCCUGAGGACGAACAAGAGGGAAACUUCCACUUCAGUUUUGCAGACGUCUUCCACAGCUUCGAUGACAGUCCCUUUGCGGAGGAGCCUUACUUCCAAUGGAGCUUUCAUCAGGAUGAGGAGGAUGAAGACGGCCUUUAUGAACAUUACACUUUUGGAGAGCCUAGCUUCAGCUUUUAUUUUGGGGACGGGGAUGAAGAUGAAGAAGAUCACCACUACUAGAUAUCCGGUAUAUUUGUCCUGUGUCCUGUAUGACUGUUGUGUUUGAAUGUAUUGUCUUUUACUGAUAAUAAAGUCUCCAUAUUAAAUUGUCA